CGGAGCCGCAUGAACAAUAGGCGGCGGCGGCUCCUGCGGGCGGCGGCAGCCCCGCACCCUAUGGAUCGGCCGCUCCAUGGAGCCCCCCAGAGCGCUUCUCGGCUGCUUGGCGAGCGCCGCCGCUGCCGAGCCACCGGGGGAGGAUGGAGCGGGGACCGGGGCCGAGGAGGAGGAGGAAGAGGAGGAGGAGGCGGCGGCGGCGGCCCCGGUGGAGCUGGGCUCCGACGCGCCCUUGCCCUACUGGACGGCCGUGUUCGAGUACGAGGCGGCCGGCGAGGACGAGCUGACCCUGCGGCUGGGCGACGUGGUGGAGGUGCUGUCCAAGGACUCGCAGGUGUCCGGCGACGAGGGCUGGUGGACCGGACAACUGAACCAGCGCGUGGGCAUCUUCCCCAGCAACUACGUGACCCCGCGCAGCGCCUUUUCCAGCCGCUGCCAGCCCGGCGGCGAGGACCCCAGUUGCUACCAGCCCAUUCAAUUGUUAGAGAUUGAUUUUACAGAGUUAACCCUGGAAGAGAUCAUCGGCAUCGGGGGCUUUGGGAAGGUCUAUCGUGCUUUCUGGAUAGGCGAUGAGGUUGCCGUGAAAGCAGCUCGCCAUGACCCCGAUGAGGACAUCAGCCAGACCAUAGAGAAUGUACGCCAGGAGGCCAAGCUCUUUGCCAUGCUGAAGCACCCCAACAUCAUUGCUCUUAGGGGAGUGUGUCUGAAGGAACCCAACCUCUGCUUGGUCAUGGAGUUUGCUCGCGGAGGGCCUCUGAAUAGAGUGCUAUCAGGGAAAAGGAUUCCCCCGGAUAUCCUGGUGAACUGGGCCGUGCAGAUUGCCAGAGGGAUGAACUACUUACACGAUGAAGCAAUUGUCCCCAUCAUCCACCGCGACCUUAAGUCCAGCAACAUAUUGAUCCUCCAGAAGGUGGAGAAUGGAGACCUGAGCAACAAGAUUCUGAAGAUCACUGACUUCGGCCUGGCUCGGGAAUGGCACCGGACCACCAAGAUGAGUGCGGCAGGGACAUAUGCUUGGAUGGCACCCGAGGUGAUUCGUGCCUCGAUGUUUUCCAAAGGCAGUGAUGUGUGGAGCUAUGGGGUGCUGCUUUGGGAGCUGCUCACUGGUGAGGUGCCCUUCCGAGGAAUCGAUGGCUUAGCAGUAGCUUAUGGAGUAGCCAUGAACAAACUCGCCCUUCCUAUUCCGUCUACAUGCCCAGAACCUUUUGCCAGACUCAUGGAAGACUGCUGGAAUCCUGAUCCCCAUUCACGACCAUCUUUCACAAAUAUCCUGGACCAGCUAACUACAAUAGAGGAGUCUGGCUUCUUUGAAAUGCCCAAGGAUUCCUUCCACUGCCUGCAGGAUGACUGGAAACAUGAGAUUCAGGAGAUGUUUGACCAACUCAGGGCUAAAGAAAAGGAGCUCCGCACCUGGGAGGAGGAGCUGACGCGGGCAGCACUGCAGCAGAAGAACCAGGAGGAGCUGUUGCGGCGCCGGGAGCAGGAGCUGGCUGAGCGGGAGAUCGACAUUCUGGAACGGGAGCUCAACAUCAUCAUCCACCAGCUGUGCCAGGAGAAGCCCCGGGUGAAGAAACGCAAGGGCAAAUUCAGGAAGAGCCGGCUGAAGCUCAAGGACGGCAACCGCAUCAGCCUCCCUUCGGAUUUCCAGCACAAGUUCACAGUGCAGGCCUCCCCAACCAUGGAUAAAAGGAAGAGUCUGAUCAACAACCGCUCCAGUCCUCCUGCAAGCCCCACCAUCAUUCCUCGCCUUCGAGCCAUCCAGUUGACACCAGGUGAAAGCAGCAAAACCUGGGGCCGGAACUCAGUCGUCCCGAAGGAGGAAGGUGAGGAGGAGGAGAAGAGGACCUCAAAGAAGAAGGGACGGACAUGGGGGCCAAGUACACUUGGUCAGAAGGAACUUCCCUCAGGAGAUGAAGGCCUCAAGUCUCUCGUAGAUGGAUACAAACAGUGGUCAUCCAGUGCCCCCAACCUGGGGAAGGGCCCAAGGAGUAGCCCUGCCCUGCCAGGGUUCACCAGCCUUAUGGAGAUGGAGGAUGAGGACAGCGAAGGCCCAAGGAGUGGGGAGAGUCGUCUACAGCAUUCACCCAACCAGUCCUACCUCUGUAUCCCAUUCCCUCGUGGAGAGGAUGGGGAUGGCCCUUCCAGUGAUGGAGUCCAUGAGGAGCCCACCCCAGUCAACUCAGCUACCAGUACCCCUCAGCUGACGCCAACUAAUAGCCUCAAGCGGGGUGGUACCCAGCACCGCCGCUGUGAGGUGGCUCUGCUUGGCUGUGGGGCUGUUCUUGCAGCCACAGGCCUAGGAUUUGAUCUGCUGGAAGCCGGCAAGUGCCAGCUACUUCCCCCGGAAGAGCCUGAGCCACCAGCCCGGGAGGAGAAGAAGAGGCGCGAGGGUCUUUUUCAGAGGGCCAGCCGUCCUCGUCAGAGUACCAGCCCACCCUCCCGAAAGCUCUUCAAGAAGGAAGAACCCAUGCUGUUGCUAGGUGACCCUUCUGCCUCCCUAACGCUGCUCUCUCUCUCCUCCAUCUCUGAGUGCAACUCUACCCGCUCCCUGCUGCGCUCUGACAGUGAUGAGAUCGUGGUGUAUGAGAUGCCCAUCAGCCCAGUUGAGGCCCCACCUCUGACUGCCUGUACCCACAAUCCCCUGGUCAAUGUCCGAGUGGAGCGUUUCAAGCAAGACCCCAACCAAUCCUUGACUCCCACCCACGUCACCCUUACGGCCCCCACACAGCCAAAUAGUCAUCGGCGGACUCCUUCUGAUGGGGCCCUUAAGCCAGCGGCUCUUCUAGCCAGCAGAAGCCCCUCCAGCAAUGGGUUGAGCCCCAGUCCUGGAGCAGGGAUGCUGAAAACCCCCAGCCCCAGCCGAGACCCAGGUGAAGUCCCCCGUCUCCCUGACCCCAAUGUGGUCUUUCCUCCAACCCCAAGGCGCUGGAACACACAACAAGACUCUACCUUGGAAAGACCCAAGACCCUGGAGUUUCUGCCUCGGCCUCGUCCUUCUGCCAACCGGCAACGGCUGGACCCUUGGUGGUUUGUGUCCCCCAGUCAUGCCCGCAGCACCUCCCCAGCCAACAGCUCCAGUACAGAGACACCCAGCAACCUGGAUUCCUGCUUUGCUAGCAGUAGUAGCACUGUGGAAGAGCGGCCUGGACUCCCAGCACUGCUCCCAUUCCAGGCAGAGUCGCUACCCCCUGUUGAGCGGACGCUUCUGGACCUGGAUGCCGAGGGUCAGAGUCAGGAUAGCACUGUGCCGCUGUGCAGAGCCGAACUGAACACACACAGGCCUGCCCCUUAUGAGAUCCAGCAAGAAUUCUGGUCUUAGCAUGAAAGGGUUGGGGUGGGCAAGGGGGAAGCAGGAAGAUGUGGGGAGAGCUGGCUGGCACAGCCCUUUCUCAGAGUUGGACCCCCUGCGAACCAGCCCUACCUCUUGCACUGAUAAUGCACUUUGAAGAUGGAAGGGAUGGAAAUAGGGCCACUUCAGAAAGUCUCCUGCCCUGCAGGGUCUUUCUACCCAUGUCCUCUGGGGGGGCUGUGGCCAUCAGCUCUGGCUGUGUAGGGGACAGAGGGGUGCGUGCAUGUCCCCCAUCCUCCAGUUUUCCUCGCCUUUUGGGUGACCCUGCAGAGUCACUCAGCCAAAUCAGUCUGCUGCUGUCUCUCCUCAGCCAGCUGGGUAUGCACAGAGCCUGUCCUGGGUUCCCUUUGUUUGCCCUGAGUUCAAUCUUCCCUAACACCAGUAUUGGAUAUUCUAUGAUUGAUUUUGCACCCCCUCCACUCUUCCCCCAACACCGUGAUUCAACUCUUGUUUGGUGUGAGAUGUGAACUUUUCUGUGUCCUAAGCUCUUCCCUGCCUGCUGAGAACUGAAGGCAAGGUGCCCCAGUGUGGGGGCAUAGGAGUAGAUGGACCUGGCACUACCUGCCUGCACUUCCAUGUGCUCAACCUACUUAUAUGAGCCUACAGGUGGUAUGGGGAGCUGCCCCAGUGAGAAUUGGGGAAAGGGGAAGAGUUAAGAAAGUACAGUCAAGUUGCAGUAAAGAAGGUAACAGUCUGUCUGUCCUCAUUCCUUCUAGAAAUGCUCAAAGAAGGACAGAAACCAUCACCUGUUGAAGGUAUCCAUCUGCCUACCUGGGGUCAGGACAGGGUCAUAACUAGGUUCUGAUAUGAACAUAUGCUCAUCCCAGAAAUGGUUUCUUGGGAGACACAUCCACUGGUGCCAGUUCUGAAGCCAGAGACAAAGUUCCUGUGUUUGUCCCUUUUGUUGUCUGAUCUUUGUGUGUCAUUCCUUCCCUUGGUCUUUCCUCUGAUCCCUGGAAUUAGUUGACUUAAGGCUCCGUGUUUGGUUGAUAGCAUAUCACUGUGCAGCACCAGAAUAGUAGGUGUGGGUAUGCCCUGGACUCUGGGAGUUGGAAAUUGGGGGUUUCCUUCUCAGCUGGGCCAUCCAUUUUGUGAAGUAAAAUGGGGCCAUUCAUUAGUAACAGUGUUCUUAAAUGGAUGUGGUAAAGGGAUGAUUUUUUUAAGGGGCUUAGUGACCCACUCAUAUACAAUAGCCUUCAAGUCCCAAGCACUGAAAAUUGACCAAGGCCUCUUCUUGUCUGUGCACACAGGCAGCCUCUGACAUUGGGCUCUGGACAGAAUAGGAAGGACAACAGAGGCCAACCCUGGAUUUUCUGGAAUUUGUUUCCUUAACUUGAAUGUAGAGCUUCUUCUGAAGCCUUCUCAUAUGUAUCGUCACCUAUUCUGCUUACUCUGAGGCCUCCUGUGUUAUAUGGGGACAGUUGUCUUUAUUUAGGAACCACAACUAGUUCUUAGGUCCUUCUCUUGCCUCAAGACUAAAUGUUGUGCCACUGUUCUUUAUUAUGGAAUAUUGCUCUGGAGAUGUUGGAGGCUAAUCUGGAGGUUUCUGCAUUUGCUGCUCAGAUGCCAGAAUGGGGAGAGUUGUGCACCUGGUGCAGAUGGUGAAUUUGGCAGCUGCUGUUUCUCUAUAACUGUGAUAGAAGUCUCGCCCUGGGGGUGACACAAGACUUGGCCUGGUUUUGGAAUUGUUUCUUGCUUUAUGAAUCCACUAGCACUUUGGUUCAAGGGCCUCACUAAGUUUUGGGUGGGGAGGCACUGUUGGUUCUAUUGCCCGGGAUUUUGUUAUUGCAUUUCAUGUCUCUCCUUCUCUUUGUUCAGCUAAGCCAGUAAGUAAGAGAUUAUUUUUGUCCCGUGCCCUGAGUCCUAAGCUAGGGUGGAAAAAAAUGUGAAUCCCCUCAGCAAUUCCAGCCAACCAGUGACUCUUCUUCCUUCUUGUUGGGGUGGUUGUUGUAAGCUGCUGCUGAGUUGACUCCAACUCAUGGCGACCUUAUGUAUAACAGAACAAAACAUCGCCCGGUCCUGUACUGUCUUCCUGAUCACUGGUAUCUUUGAGUCCGUUGUUGUGGCUGUUUUGUCAGUCCAUCUCAUUGAGGCUUUUCCAUGUUUUUCUUGGCCCACUAGUUUACCAAACACCAUGUCUGAGUCUAGCAAUUGGUCUUGAUGAAGAGAAGCACACACAUGGUUCAGUUCUCUGCCCUUCCUCUCGUUCCUCUGCAACCCCAAUCCCUAAGCCACCAGCACAUCUGUAAACCGUUGACCACACUAGAUGGAUCUCUGGUGGGGUACAGCCUACAGCUCAGCCCAAACCAUGCUGGCUCUGGACCACACCCUCUGGUAUUAAGCAGAGAUUUUUCCUUUGUUAUUUUUUUACUUUUUGUCAUUUUGUUAGACUUCAGUGAUCUUUCUUGGCAGUCCUUAGUGUAAACUGAACGAUGGUCACCUGCAAUUGAGUGAGAGGUCGAACCCAAAGGAUGAGUAAAAUCUCUUUGGGAAGGAAAAUUGCAGAACCAGAGCUAUUCCAACGGUACUACUGUGAGCUUUCAUGAAGAUGGAGGAGUUAACAUCUCUCAGCUCCUGCUAUAUCUUCCAGUCUCUGACAGCCCCCUGCCUGCAGCACUCUCUUUGUGGAGCAAGGCUGGAGAUGGGUUAAGGAUCUAAUAUUGUAGCAGGUUUGAGUUGCUUUCUGUCUACUCAGGUUCCUUGCCCUAUGGUUGUGAUCAGGAGCUGACCCUGAAGCUGUGGUGAAGUGUGGUAGCUGGUCUUCCCUUUCUCCUCUCCCUUCCUUCUCUUUCCCCAGUGAUGUUUUUGUUCUGCUCUCGGCAGUGUGCUCACUACGUAGAAGAUAGUGAUAGGAAACAGAUAUGGUUCUCUGCCCCUUUUCCUGGGAUCCUUCAGCUCCUAUCACUGAUUCCAAACAAGACUAUUCUCUCUUUAUUCCCUUGGAGAUCCAGACCCUGCAAAAGGGUUGAGUAGAUUUCCAUGUUAUCCUUAUAUGUUAUUUCUAAGAGGCUUUGGGGGAUGCUCUUAACUUGGUAUUCUUUGGCAUCCCUAGGGUCUGGUCAUAAUAACAAUAAUAAUAUGAAGGAGAAUAACAAUAAUAUCUUACAUUUGGACAACUUGGAAUAGUUCUAACCUUUCCUUCUGACUUUGACAAAAUUAUAUAAUUUUCUUUCGACAUUUGGUCUCCUUGCUGGUGAACUGGAUGCUUCAAGAUGAAAGUUUAAGUGAAAAGAAAUUUAAAAGACGUUUGGACUGAUUGCUGAGUCGGGCACCAGGCUCUGAGACCUAAACAAGCUGGUCCUGUUCCUCUUUUGCCGGGUGACCUUGGGGUUGUCUCUUAGCCCAUCUCAGAUUUCCUUCCUUGAAAAGCGAUCAUCACAUGUUUCCUUCACAAGGGCAAUGGGAGCCUGUAUCAGAGAAGGUCAGUGAAGCACUGUGAUUCCUCACCAGCUCCUAGAGAAGUUUCCUUCACCUUUAGAGGGAGAAUUGCUGAAGUUGACAAAAUGUGGCUUUCGCCACCUCUAGGGGACUUACCUUUUGUUUUUUCCUUUGGCUUCUGAAAGAGGAGUGAUUUCGAGUCGGCUUAGCAUAACUAAUGGGGACCACGGUCAGGGACAGGCUCACCUACUGCAUAUAUGUAUGUAGCACCUGGUUUUACAAGCAUCCUUUUCUAAUUUCCCCACUUGUCAGGCUGAUUGAUCUUCCUCACCAUUUGUGUUUUGUUGUUGUUAGCUGCCAUCGAGUCAGCCCCAACCCCUCCCCUCAUGGCAACCCAUGAACAACGGGAUGAAACACUGCCAGUCCUGUGCCAUCUCCAUGACAGAUUGUAGAUCGGACCAUUGUGAUCCGUAGGGGUUUCAUUGGCUGAGUUUUCAGAAGCAGAGCACCAGGCCUUUCUUCUAGUUUGUCUUAGUCUGGAAGCUCUGCUAAAACCCGUUCAGCAUCCACGGACAGAUUGGUGGUGGCCACACGUGAGGUUCAUUGGCUGGGAAUCGAAUGAAGGCCACCUGCGUGGGAGGCAAGAACUUUACCACUAAACCACCAAUGCCUCACUUGUGUCUUACGGAGAAGGAAAUGGAAGAUGGGGAGGUUGGUGGCAACAUCAGGAUGACAGUUUGGUCUCUCUGAUUUCCCAAAAUUGGAUUUAUUUAGAGCCUGGAAUCAAGCUAAUUACUAGAAGAAUCUUUGGGGAGUGGUUCCCCUCACCCUUGGGAUUCCUCAUAAGGCCCCAUUUCUCUCAGGCCACUCAGGGAUACAGCAAGACACCCCAAGGGAGCUAGGCCUGACAUUUUGUUGAAACUCUUGCCUCCACAGUCCCCACAUUGGAGCACCCCACCAUCCCCACCCUCACCCCUACCAGCACCAUGUUGAGUAGAAACACACUUCUCUGGGCUUCCUAUAACUCUUCAAGCUCAUUUUUCACAAAGCAAAGAGCAGCAGAUACUAAAGACUGAAUGACUGUGAAUGGUGCACUUCAGGGUUGAUAUGUCCUUCCACCUGGCCCCUUUCUGCUUGUCAAAUCUUAAUCUCUUCUCACCUGUUUGAGUCUAUGCCUUUGAGUUCAGGUGUGUGAGGGCACAGUCAGGCAGGCCAGAAACACCGUCUUUCUGCCUCUCCGAGGAUUUGGGGGAGGAAGCAGGUGCUGCUGUUUCCGUAGUGCCAGGCUUUUUGCCGAGGGCUCUGCCAGAGAUUGUAGACCUGAGAAAAGUGGGUCAGAGGUGAGAUCAGCCCGCCUCACAUUGUGAUCAUAAGUAAAGAUGGUGGCCAUGGGAGGCUUGUGACUUAAGCCGCCCACUUGUAUGAAUUUGCAAACAUGUCUUUCCCUCUCUGGACCUCAGAAGCUCAACCGUGAACUGGGAAUGCUGCUGCCUUCCCUACCUGAAGCAAGAAGCCCUUUUAACUUUAAAAAUUUUGGUCCUGGAACCCCAAGGCCAAUAUCGAUAAGCAACACCUUGCUAAUUGCAUUCCUUUGUGGAAAGAAAUAACUGUGGGUGUGGGUCUAAGUACAUGUAUGUUUGCGGGUCAAAAACAGUCAAAUAUUGGCAAUUUUUUACGGUUCAACCUAACAGACUACCUACCUCUCUCCUUGGCUUCAGGCCUGAGGAUGACUCCACCUUGUCAGAAUACGGUUGUUAGGAACACAUUCUCAGAUAUGUUUCUUCUUUCAAACAAAUCAACAUUUCCCUAGAUAAGGAAUUCAAAUGAAUAAAAAUCCACACAAGAAAGGAAAACCCACUGCUGCUCCUGGGGAGUCCUCACUCCCUAGAUUUUCCCAGCCUCGCUUGAAUCACUCCACCUCAGGUGCAGGUGUUGGAAGGCAUAAGUUGUAAACUAGAACCCCGCUGAAUUAGGGCUGAUUAACAGAGCAUAGGAGCCCAGUUUCCCUAAUUUGCCUCACCCAGCCAUUGACUUCUACACCUUUCAGACGGUUGACUGGGUAUUUUCCAGCUGUCCAGGUGAGAUAUUAACACUCAGCCUCUCCCCACCACCCCACCUUUUCUUGAUCCACUUCCUGUCUUGGGCCCUGGAAGAGCCUGGCAGCACCCAGGCUUUCCCUAGGCUACUUAGGGAGUCUUGGGCUGGGCUUGCUCCUGGCUGUGGGGCUGAGUAUCCCUGAGAAGCCUCCGUAGGACAGGUCUGUCCUGAUUCUUACUGUCUGUGGUUACCUGCAUCCCCUGCAGGGAGCCUGCUUUGGGCUUUAACUCAAGAUUGCAGCUAGAAAGAGGACCCUUAAGGCCCAACUGGUUAUCAGAACUUUCUAGCUUUUCCACACCUCUCUUUGUUUCCCUUGGAAACAGACAUGCCUUUCCCCUGGCCCAUCCUUCUUCCUGACUGGUCUGACCCAUCCUCCUUGCAAACCCCCACCACCUAGUUUGACUAGUCUGAUUGGCAGGUGUGGACAUAGCAGCUAGAUAGGUAUCUCAGGAUGAAACAUCAGAAUACAAUUCUGGGGGUUCAAAGACAGCCUUUCCUACUGGGACCUGUGGGAUAGACAUUCUCGAAUUCUGAACCCAGAAGUCAGAAUGGUGUGUGAAGGCCCGUGGACAUGGAGUUACUUACUCUAUACUUACUGAAGUCCAAGGGAAGGUUUCAGAAUUAAUAUGUUUCUUCACACCUAUAUACCUGCCUAGACAGAU